CGUGAUCUCAUGAAAAUACGUAUCUAUUUGUACGUAAAAUGUGUCUAUUGCAAACGUAUGCAUGAAACGUUUAAAUAGAUGCCUAUACGUACAAUAUACACGUAUUACGGCUUAAAAAACGUAAAACUCCUACGUUUUUUCACAAUAAUUACGUAUAAAUGCUUACGUAUAGAGAAUGUGAGAUGACGUCAGGCUGCGCCGGAAGGAUAGUUCUCUGCUGGAGUUACUGGUUUUUAUGCCCCCCUGUUCAAUUUUUUGUCUGAACGUUGAAAUCUUUAUGUACACUGAAUUAAAUAGAAAGUGUUAUCUACUGGGAAAAGCUGUUAUCGCAAAACAACAGUUUUUGGAAAAAUGAAAGACUAUAUAGCGACACGUACGCGAGUUGGCAGCCCAAAGGAUAACAGACUUGACGUACCGCCUCCAACGUUACUGGGAUACUCGGACAUUUCGCGUUUUUAUUUGAGAUGUGUUGAUAUAAUUCUCCUUAUCACGAUUUUAACGCUUUAAGCAAACAAUAAACUAAGUAGAUUCUUUCAUGCAAUAUGCAUGACGUUAGUUUCACACUCUCGCGUUGUAGCAUAAUUUUUAAUAAUCACUUGUAGUAAAAUCAUGUUUUUUACAGAACAUUAGUAAGUUAGACAUACAAUAUUGUCAUAUGCAACAAGGAAUAACAUAUAUAAAAAUGGUUAGUUAAGGUUCGUUAUGGAACUUUAGUAGAGAAAUCUGCAUGUAUGUUUGGGGGUUGUAUAAUAUUUAACUUAUGUUAUCAGGUACGCAUUUUUCCCCUUCGCUUUGCUUGGACAACUUCCGGUCACGGCAUUUCUCCUUUUGCAUCUCCUGCGCACUGUGUGCUGUGCAAAGAAAUAUAGCGGUGUUCUCAUGCGUGUGUCACAGGAUGCCUGGAUCAACUUUCAAAAAAUGUAAAUCAUACAAUGUCCAAAUUUCUGUGGCUUGCAAAACCUGCAAACACUGCAGACAAAAGCAAAAAAAUGAAAAAAGCAAUACAAGUUGCCAAACAAAAAAUAAAUGAGCAAUGGAAAGUUGCAAAUAAUUUCUGUAAACUUGUAAAUUCUGGGUGUACAUGUUCUGAAAUCUUUCUUGUCACAUACAUUACCUAUUUCACAGCAGAGGACUGCAGUGCUGCUGUACAAACCUCUUCUGCAGCAGCCAAUGUCCCUCAUCUGUCUGUCUCACAAUCACUUAAAGGUCCAAAAGACUCCAGUGCUGCUGUACAAACCUCUGCUGCAGCCGAUGUCCCUCAUCUGUCUGUCUUACAAUCACUUAAAGGUCCAAAAGACUCCAGUGCUGCUGUACAAACCUCUUCUGCAGCAGCCAAUGACCCUCAUCUGCCUGUCUCACAAUCAAUUAGAGGUCCAAAAGACUCCAGUGCUGCUGUACAAACCUCUUCUGCAGCAGCCAAUGUCCCUCAUCUGCCUGUCUCACAAUCACUUAAAGGUCCAAAAGACUCCAGUGCUGCUGUACAACCUCUUCUGCAGCAGCCAAUGUCCCUCAUCUGUCUGUCUCACAAUCACUUAAAGGUCCAAAAGAAUCCAGUGCUGUGUACAAACCUCUUCUGCAGCAGAAAAUGACCCUCAUCUGUCUGUCUCACAAACAAACAAAUUUCGGUACAAGAUUAAAGACUGUCCUGUGCAUUUACUCAAAGAACACUUUCCAUUUGUAAAAACCAUGGGAACGAGAAAAGCAAAAAAUGGAAUAAACAAACAAAGGUUUCGGUGGCAGCCUUGCUCUGGCUGUGGAGUAAAGUGGAAGGACACAUGGGAGCUUCAUUCGGAUGAAUAAAACAUUUGAAAACAUUUAACUAUGUUGAUUGAUCUGUGUAUCUAUUGGCCAUGUACAGUUAUUUUUAUCUUGACUGCUCCCUCUUAUAGUAUUUGUUAAUUUGUCCCCCCGCUCUGUUCUCUGUUACCCUUUUGUUUUCCUAUGUUUUGUCCUCUGUCUGUUUUCCUCCUCUGUGGUUCCCUGCAGGAAUCCUGACCCUUGACGUUUUGCCAGCCCUGUAUUGCCCGAGUCCUCUCAAACACUGACGAAGAAAUUGACAUUGUGGAGAGUUUUGAUGAUCUUUUGUUGUUCAAUAAACAUGAAUCUGCACACUGCAUGAGUCCUUG